CCGUGCGUCAGCAAGAUGGCGGCGCAGGCGGAGGUGGCGGCGAUGGAGGCGCCGCUGGAGGCGGAGCUGGAGGCGGAGCUGGACCUGGAGGGGGCGGAGCUGGACGAGGUGGAUGUGCACAUCCAGGAGAACCUGGAGGACGCGCUGGUGCAGGAGGCGCUGCAGACCGGCGUGGACCUGCGGCAGUACUCGCGGCAGGUGGAGCUGGAGCUGCAGGAGGUGGAGAGAGCCUCCAUCCAGGACUACAUCCGCGAGAGCGAGAACAUCGCGGAGCUGCACAACCAGAUCAGCGCCUGCGACGCCAUCCUCGAGCGCAUGGAGGAGAUGCUGGGCUCGUUCCAGAGCUCGCUGAGCUCGCUGAGCUGGGAGAUCCGGGCGCUGCAGGGCCAGGCCGGGGCCAUGAACCUGCGGCUGCGCAACCGGCGCCAGGUGCGGGAGCGCCUCGGGGGGCUGCUCGACGAGCUCGUCGUGCCCCCCGACAUGAUCAGGUGA